AUGGUUUCCAGGACUCGUUUAAUUGUGUCAGAUUUUCUAAUUUCUGUUAUGUGGGUAUGGUCAGGGGCUUUAAUAAAAAUGUUUGUGUUCAAGGUUUUGGAGAUGGGGCAUGAUUCGAGAGGAGAAUUUAUGAAGAAUUCUUUGUCAGUUUUGAACAUGUUCGUUUUCGCAUUUUUGGCUAAGGUUACUAAAGGGGCGGCUUAUAAUCCUCUUACUGUUUUUGCUUCUGCUAUUUCUGGGGAUUUCUCUCAGUUUCUCUUUACCAUUGGGGCAAGAAUCCCUGCUCAGGUAAUUGGAUCUAUCACUGGUGUUAGGCUCCUUAUCGAUACCUUUCCCGAGGUAGGACUUGGACCCCGUUUGAAAGUUGACAUCCAUAAAGGAGCUCUCACAGAAGGAUUGCUGGCAUUUGGAAUUGUUACCAUCUCUCUUGGGCUUGCAAGAAAGAUCCCUGGAAGUUUCUUCACGAAGACUUGGAUCUCAAGUGUUUCAAAGUUAUCCCUUCACAUACUUGGCUCUGAUCUAACCGGCGGUUGUAUGAACCCAGCCUCUGUGAUGGGAUGGGCUUAUGCCCGUGGGGAUCAUAUAACCAAGGAGCAUAUUCUCGUGUAUUGGCUUGCCCCAAUAGAGGGAGCUCUGCUGGCGGUAUGGACAUCUAAGUUGCUAUUUCGGCCCCAAAAACAAGACGAGAAAGAAAAGUUGAAGGGCAAAACAGAAUGA